GGCACGGGAAGUUCCUCCUUUCCACACUGUCCACCCACACCUGGAUCACAUAGAAGGACCUACUCUCCAGAAUGUUCCCCGUGGAGAUCUGUUUUGGCUAUAAGUGUGACCAAACAGGAUGGUUCAACAUUACACAAAUACCUGCAGCUGACUGAAAACUGUUGGGAUUGCUUAGGUUGGGGGUUGCCUCUAAUGCUCCAAACUGACCCAAAUGACCUGCCGGCAACCCAUAAGGUCAGGACCAAGCGCUGCUCAUGCAACAAUCAGCUGGAUUCAGAGUGCCACUAUUUCUGCCAUCUGGACAUCAUCUGGGUGAACACACCAAGUAAGACCACGGAUUAUGGAUUGGGCAGUCCUUUGGCUCACCGCCGCAGGUCUACAAGUCGCUGUUUCUGUGCCAAUCCUGCAGAUCAAACAUGCAACAUCUUCUGCCGCUACAGCUCUGCCAUAAUGCUGUUGCACCCAUCUGAACCUGUGCGUGAAAAACAGGAGCAGCCCAUAUCAGAUAACUUGACUGCCCUAAAUGACACAGAAAAUGCCAGUCUAGGACUUCUUGUUUUAGGGGAGUCUUCCUCCCUUGGGGCUCUGUCAGACAUCAGACUGUCAGACAUUCUCAGAAACCUGAUCAGAGCUAGAGCCAGUGCCAUGGAAAAGAAGACCCACACUAGGCAUUGGGCAUUCAAGGCUAGUAAAUCUGACUACAGAUAAACUUCACCUGGGGGCAGGAGACAUAGGAGUGUGAGCACUUGAACAAGAGAUGACCCUUGUGCAACAUUGGGUAGCAGAACAAAUGUUCGUUGCAGAGGAUGCGACAGGAAGUCCUAUGGACAUGGAGCCUUUGAUUCCUUUGAUGUUCAAGGCGUAAGACAGAGCUGAGGGCCUGUGAGAUAUGAAAAGGAGGUUGUGAAGACCUUGGAGAGUUCUUUGUAAGUUAAGGACAAAUCAGACAGUCUGUCCACUGGGACAGCACAAAUGAGGGUAAUUGUUUAGCUAUAGUCCUGUAGCGCAAACAGGAAAGGGUAAAUUCACCCAAAAAUGAAAAUUCUCUCAUCAUUUACUCACCCUCAUCCCAUCCCUGAUGUGCAUGACUUACUUUUUUCUGCAGAACUCAAAAAGCAGAUAAAAGCAACAUAAAAGUUAGGGUUAGACUCCAGUGGUUAAAUCCAUAACUUCAUAAGCAAUAUGAUAGGUGUGGGUAAGAAACAGGUCAAUAUUUAAGUCCUUUUUUACUAUAAAUCUCCACUUUCACUUUCAGAUGUGAAAUCUGUUUCUUACCCACACCUACUAUAUUGCGUUUGACGAUAUGGAUUUAACCACUGGAGUCGUAUGGAUUACUUUUUUGCUGCUUUUAUCUGCUUUUUGGACCUUCAGAUUUCUGGCCAUCAUUCACUUGCAAAGAAAAGACCAACAGGCCAGAGAUAUUCUUCAAAAAAUCUUAAAAAGAAGAAAGUCAUACACAUCUGGGAUGGCAUGAGGGUGGGUAAAUGAUGAGAGUAUUUAAAUUUUUUGAGGAUCUAUCCCUUUAAGAAGCCAUGCUAGAGCUACCUGAAAGGAUCGGAGCUAGUCCACAACAUAAAUUCUGAACAGUCAGAGAAAAAAGAGACAGAUGAAGUGCUAAAAAAAUAAAAGUUGGGUUUGAAGUGCACAGACACUGUAUUGUCACUGUGAGAAACUGCAGUGCUUUUACUAUUUACUGGCACUGUAGGAGUGCACCUACAUCUAAGAAGUGCAAAGGAUGAGAUUAUAAAUUUGGCAACAGUUUAUCAUAAACUUGUCAUUGGGUCAUCUGCAUAUUCAUUCAUUUCAAACAGAAAAUUUUGUAAUUUUAUUACAAAAAAUAAAAAACAAAAGAAUAAUAAAAGUGCUAACAGUGCUAGGUAGAUUACUUUUUAAUUGUAAUAAUCUGGUGGUGAUUACAAAUUAAAUGACUAAACUUGUAGUCAUUAACAUAACAUCUUGGAUUACAUUUGUAAAGUAAUCAAUUCUGAUUGCUUUUGGAUUACUUCCGACCUAAUUCUUGUUCAUUUGAUGUCACAUGCAUUUGAGUAGGAUAAACUUGUACCAUUUUGAAAACGUACUUAAUGGGUCAAAAUCUGAGAAUUCAUAUUUAUUCACUACUUUGUGUAUCUGUUUCUGAGUGAAAUAGAAAAGGCACGUAAAAUGUUCUUACGCUGACAAUUUUGGCAUUUCAAACGCCACCCAUGUGUGUUAACAAAUUAGACCGGUUAUAAUUGUAAAUGAACAUCAAAAAUAUCAAAAACGUCGCAAAAAUUUUCGCAAAAGCACAUUAACGUACAUUUUUGAAGCCGAGUACAAAAGUGAUUUGCAAAACUAAAACUAACUUUACCUCACUGAUGCAGUCGGUUUGGCAUUUAUGUGUGGAUUACCUCUCCAUCUUCAGUGUAAUUAUGUCUGGUGGCUAGAAUCAGGUCUGUGUGUGCAAUUCCUCCCCAAUUCGAAAACACUUGAAGACUUACCGAACAUAUAUUAGCUGUAGGCUGAUUUAGACUGAAGAAUUCGAUUAAUCAAUAAAUUAAUAUGUAAUCAUGUAAUCCAUAAAAAGUAACUGUAAUUUGAUUACGAGUAUUUUAUAAUGUAAUUUGAUCUAUUUACGAGUACUUGGAUUUUUGUAAUCUGAUUAUGUAAUACAGUUAAAAUCAGAAGUGUGAUCAAGAAUUCACACAAAAGAGUACAAUACAGAGACUAGACACUUUCUGGAAGUCAGAACAUGAAAAAAUCACAAGCUAUGUAUUUAAAAAUGAAAUAUGUAGUCUAGAUUCAGUGAAAUAAUGAAACAAUACAUACAAAAUAUUAAUUGUUAACCAUCAAAAGUAUCCAAACAAUUAAUUUCAAGGUAAAUUAGGUGUUCCAGUCACAAUUUGUAGUUAUGACAACAAGAUUGAUAUUUAGAUAAGUAGAUAUGAGCUGAAAAAUUUAAAAGCUUUGACUUUUUUUUUAUUGAUUAGCAAUGGAAUAUUACAAACAUUUCUGACGUUCAAAGUCUAACAAUGUACAGUACACAAGAUAAAUAAUUACUUUUAUUUUCAAUUGAUUAGCUAUUUAUAAUCCAAUUUAAAUACAUGUGUAAUCUAAUUAUUAACCAGCAUCAAUAUGAGGUCAACUGCUAUAUGUAACAGCAAUGUAGCCUCAUUAUAAAGUUAUUCAUUCAUUUAUCUAUUUAUUUUUUUCACCUACUAUGAAUUGUUUUCUGAUAUGUUAAAAGCAAUGACAUUAAUAUUUCAGAUACAAUAUGUUCUGUCAACUUUACUCUGUUGUAUGUUAACAAAGAAUGGUUGUAAUACAAAUAUUAUUGAAUUAUUUGUGUUCUCAUCUUAAUCCUUUGUCCUCCAAGUCUGAAAUUUCCAGUUUUCUUUUAAUAUUAAUAGUUAUCUUUUAAUAAUAUAAUCUUUUUAAUAUAAAAAAUAUUAUUAUGUGAACUAUACACCCACUGAGCACUUUAUUAGUAACUCUGUGGUGCUAAUAAAGUUCCCAAUGUGGUCUUCUGCUGUUGUAGCCCAUCCGCCUCAAGGUUCCAUGUGUUGUGCAUUCUGAGAUGAUAUUCUGCUAACUACAAUUGUAAAGAGGGGUUAUCUGAGUUACCAUAGCCUUUCUGUCAGCUCAAACCAGUCUGGCCAUUCUCCGUUGACCUCUCUCAUCAACAAACCAUUUCUGUCAGAAGGCAGAAGACUGUUGUGCGUGAAAAUCCCAGGAGAUCAACAGUUACAGAAAUACUCAAACCAGCCCGUCAGGCACCAACAAUCAUGCCACGGUCGAAAUCACUGAGAUUCAAUUUUUUUCCCGAUUUUGAUGGUUGAUGUGAAAAUUAACUGAAACUCCUGCAUCUGCAUGAUUUUAUGCAUUGCACUGCUGCCUAAUAAUUGGCUAAUAAGAUAAUCGCAUAAAUAAGAUUCCUAAAAAAGUGCUCAGAGAGUGUAGAUUCCAAAAUACAGUUACUACAGUUUUGGCUGCUACAUUAAAAUUGUGCUAGUUUCAUAUUAGCCACCAAUGUCAUAAAAAAGAAAUGAACGAAUAUGACAAAUAUUCUUUGCCAUCAUGGUACAUUUUUGAAAGGGAACAUUCUUAGAACCUUCUGUUCCCUCCAUAGCUUUGACAUUAAGAGAUGGCAUUUGAAAAUAAAACAGUAGCACAAAACUACACUUUUUAUUAACAUAUUCUUGGCAUUAUCUCAUAUGUACAUACAUUCAUAUACUGCAAUUGCCAUGGAUUACAACUCAUUCAGAUGACCUUUUCUUGGUUGACAAAGCACCUUGGCAUUUUAAUCUCAAGUGUGUGUACAUGGGUUAAAAGUAAUUAGUUUGAGCACACUGAUAUGUUGUGAUGUGAAAGAUAGAGUCUUGCAGUGCAGGUGAAUUAGGCAGGAAACUUACAGGUGCAUGGGAAAGAAAUGGUGUAGACAAAGUUAAUGAACAACAACAACAACAACAGUCCUGAUGUGUUCCGUCAUCCUCUCAAGACAGAUUAUAUAGGCCAGCAGUGCGCAUAAGGCCAGUGUCUAAAAUCCAGGACGUUAACCUGCACUAAAUAAUUGUAUUUACAGAAUGCUAGCCACCCUUCACUUUCAUUGCACAAUACCAAAGAAAAGCAUAUGCAUCAACAUUACAUCAUUACAUUGGUAUGAACUUAUAAAACUGCUUUGGGGCAGUUAUUACUGCUAUGUAAUGAUCAAACAUUAAACAACCAAAGUGAAGGAACUUGAUCCGUACAUAGGAUUUUUAUAAUUUUGAGAGUCACAAAUUUCUGUCGAAGACUGGUUUUCAAGUGGCUUUGCUUCUUUGCCCACAUUGUGGUGACCCAACACAGUGCCACAUUUCCUGACUGUACAAAAGUAAAUAAAAAUAAACUUCAAACAUCAAACAUUUAAAUUAAUUAAUAUUGCUAAUAAUAAUUCACUGCACAAAACACAUUGUGGUUGAGACAAACCAUGUUUAUCUUUGUUGCAAGUGAACCUGUAUUUAACAUACUCUGGGUCAUAUUGUCUUAAACCUUGGAUAGCUCUGUUAAUAGUUUUUUAACAUGAGGUCAUGUCAUGUAUUUUUGCUGAAAUACCAUAGAGUUUGAUUGGAUGCAUGGCCUUUGACGUCAAUAAGUGACGUCAAAGUGUUUCUUCUCACUUUUAAAAGUCUAUUUGUUUGGCUAUCCUAACUAUGUACAAUUACAUAGUUAGUUGCAUAUAAUUUAUAAUAAAUUUUAUUAAGCAUUGUUUUUUCCCUGUUGUCCGUGUCUCUAUCAGAACAGACCUGCGACCUACCACUGCUUUUGAACACAUAAAGAUUACGCUGCUCAAGUUCAGGAGGUUUAUGCCAGUAGUCACGUUUCAAACUAUGGAAGUCACUGUUGCAUUCAUCUGUCCCCUGAGCACAACGUCCCCUCUGCCGCCAACAGCCAUCUUUGUCCCAUUCGAAAAACAGGAUGCCUUUCUAUCCCAACUGCCACAACAUUCAGAGUGAGAA